AUGCAGGGAAAAGCCGAUGUUGGUGCUACAUCAUCAAAGACAGAUUUUAGUGAAUACGCUCGUGAGGCUGUCCGGGAAAAGUUUCGCCCGUUUUCAAGGGAAUUUAUUCUGCAACUUGUGCCAACAUCAGCUGAGGUGACGAUGGAUCCCGCAAAAGCCCCACGGUCUCUGCGGAAGACUAUGGUGAUUGAUAAAAGGCGUGUUGUCAAUUACCACAACAAACAAUCACCUCUCGCAACUACAACCACCAAACCAUCCCAUCAUCAUCAUCCUGCCAUGUCUCAAGCCGGACAAGCAAUCCAGUCAACAAUGGACAACACUUUCGCCCAAAUGCCACAAACAGACGACGAGAUGGUGGAGCUGAUCAAGCUCGUCGUCGAAGUGGUGAGGAAAGACCAGUUGGCUGGCGACCUCCGCGAAUUCCAAAAGCAAGAGGAGUUCGAAUUCAAGACUCUCCCGCGGCAUAAGGAGCGCAUGGCAGAGAUCGAUCGUUGGAUGUCGGUGUCGAGGGCGCAGCAGCAAAAGUCGAAGCGUGAGAACCCGUCACGCUUUGACUGGGGAGAUUAUCACGGGGAUCUAGCAACCACUAGGUACUUCUAUCUUUACUUCCAAGGUACCUAG